CAGUGCGCAUGCGCGCUCUUGUCAGUGACGAAGAACAUGGCGGCUGUUUCGAACGUGACAGAGCAGGCUCGGCGCAUUUAUUCACGCCUGCUGGCUAUGCCGUGUCCCUUGCUGGAAUGUGUGUACAUAGAGGAGUCUGAGGACAUGCUACAGCUGCUCUGCACUCCUUCCCAGCUUCGUACUGACAUACUGACUUGGGUCUGCUGCAGUAUUGAUCCAAACUUGGCCAGUUUGAAAGAGAAUGCAUUAAGAACCCGAAAUCCUGAUAUACUGACAAACGGGAUGGCUGCACUUGGACAGGACCUGAUGCUGUGCAGAGGAGACAGCCUGGACUUAAUCAAGGGUGAUGCCGGUUGCCACCAGCAGCUUCAGUUCCUGGAAAAUCUUAUCGCUGAGGUCUCAGACUUAAGUGCAUCCACUGCGCAUGAUAUGAAGAUCUUGCUCGACACGGUUUUUACAGAUGAGAAUCUUGCACAAAUUGUCACGCCUUCGCUGGACCCCUGUUUUUCAAAUGUCCCGUAUGUUGCACUCUUCCUCCAGAACCUGCUUCUUGAGCAUUUUCCGUCAUUCGUCUGCUUCCCAUCUAUCUGUAUUUCUAUCAGAAGGGUUUUAUGCAAAAGCGCUAAAUCAACCAAGCCAAGAAGAGACAAUGCUGAAAGCAGUGCCGCCCUUAUUAAAUCUACUCGCUCCAUGCUGGAGCAGCUAAAGUCUGAGUGUGAGUUCCUGACAACAAAAGAGGAGCCAAAUGCCCGUGCCUCUGCUUGCCGUGCGCUGCAUGUGGCCAUGUGCGACCUCCAGCAGCUGAUGACCACGUUCUGCCACGUGGAAGAGACACACCUGAGAGUUUUUUGCACAAAAGAGAGACCUCGCUUUAGCGCAGACCCACAGGUCUUCCAGAGAGUCCAUGAACUUCUGCAAGCUUUCUCCACGGAGUUGGAAAUGCUGAACGAGGUAUCGGAAGCAUCAACGGCCGCGAAGCAGUUUGUGAGCCACCUCCAGACAAAGCGUUGUUGCACGAGCCAAGGGGAGGGCACCAUAUAUGAUCAACUGGAUAAACUAACGGAGCGAUACAAUGCUUCUCUCUCACACCUAAGUGCAGCCAAGAAUACAUGAACAAUAUUUUUUCCAUUUCAUUUGUAAAUGUUAAAUAAUUUGUAAUUACAUUGUUUUUAUUCUCUUAAUGGAACUGUAUUCAAUGUACUUGGGUAUUGUCCUACAUUAAUAAAACAUUUUACUCAUCUGUUCAUAA